GUUGUUCAACUGUAUAAAACAAACACUGAGUUCAAUUUCUCCAAAAGAUCGUUAUGAGAUAAUUCGAACACAUUGAAAAUGAUCCCAUCCGACUGUACACUUGAUAUCUCCAAUGUGUUUCAUUCUACUGCUGUAGUUAUUGAAGGAAGUUGCCUAAGUAAAUCAGAACCUACUGCAGUAUUACGAGAUGUGUCUGCACGAGUUCAUGGUGGAGAGGUGUUAGCAAUUUUAGGUUCAAAGGGAUCUGGAAAAAGGGCUUUACUUGAUGUCAUUGCUGGGAGGGCAGAGGGAGAAACCAGGGGUAGAGUUACUUUAAACAACAACUUAUUAACUCCAGAACUAUUCAGACGUCAUGGUGGAUAUGUUGCUCACAGAUGUCAUCUAUUACCCAGUUUAACAGUCCGUCAGACAUUGACCUAUGCCACAUGGCUUGCCAAUUUAAACAAUAGAGAAGCCAGAGUUCGACAAACUCUGGCUGAUCUAGCUUUGUCUCAAGUUGCCAAUAGGUCAGUAAAUGAUCUAACAAAACCAGAAUACAGAAGACUGAUGCUGGGAGUACAAUUGGCUAAAGACCCUACGCUAUUACUUCUGGAUGAACCUACAUGGGACACUGAUCCCUUAAAUACAUAUUUAAUUGUUUCUAUGCUUUGGUCUUAUGCAACUAGAAGAGGAUCUAUUGUUGUUUUGACAAUGGAAACUCCUAGAUCAGAUGUGCUACCUUUUGUGAGUCGAGUAACUCUUUUAUGCCUGGGAGCAGUGGUUUAUUCUGGACCGACCAGAAGUAUGUUAGACUAUUUCACUUAUAUUGGUUUCCCAUGUCCUGAACUUGAAAAUCCUCUAAUGUAUUAUUUAUGUCUGUCAACUGUCGAUCGACGCUCUAGAGACCGUUUCUUAGAAUCAAACCAACAGAUAUCUGUUCUGGUUGAAAAAUUUAAAGUAGAAGGUGUUAUUUACAUGAAAGAAGUACCCCAGGUAGCAUCUAAUGUCAAGGAUACAUCUCUGGGAAUUAUGCAUAAGGGUCUAGGACGUGGAAUCAAACCAGGAUGUUUUUCCACCCUAUUUGCUCUCUAUUUGAGAGGUAUGGCAGCAACAUUUGCUUUAAAUAAAUCUGGUUUAGGGCAUUUUGCUGCCAGACUUUUAUUGCUACCAUUUUCUGUAGCUUUAAUGAGCAUUCUAUAUUCGCACUCGACGCCUAUGCAGUCUAGAAUAUUUUUACAAACAGGUGGUCUAGUGUUCAAUGUAAUGACUCUGUUCUAUGUUGCUGGAAUAGCAUGUACAGCUCUUCUCUUUCCAGGGUAUAGAGCUAGAUAUUAUCAAGAAAAAAGAGAAGGUCUUUAUGGUGGAGCCAUGUUUUUAACUGCAUAUGCAUUGCUAAGUUUGCCAUUGAGUUUUGUGGCCACUAUGAUCACUAUUGGUAUUCUAACACCUAUUUUGGAGUUAGAUUUAUCCACAUGGGCUUAUGCCUGUGGUGUUUUAUGGGCAAGCUAUGUAGCAGCAGAACAAAUAACUGUUGCAGUACUUAUGGUGGUUGGCAGACCUAUUACAGGUGCAAUAAUAGUCUUGUACAUGACCUUAGUAUCUCUGGUAAUUGCAUCUGGUGCCAUCAGAAGUCUGAAAGGUCUGCCUUACUGGCUUGCUGCAGUUUCUACUGCAUUACCUGCCAGAUAUGCAUCAUUGGCUCUCAAUCAGUUGGCUAUUGAUGUACCUACAUUUUUAAAUUUGCAUUACAAUGAAAGCUUUACAUGCCCAGGGAUACCAGAACUAUGCAGAUAUCCAGAUGGGAGAUCUUAUCUAAUAGAACGCUUCACACGUGAAGGAGAAAAUAUUUCAGAGGUAUUGAAUGUCGAUUUAAAUUUGUUAAUUUCAUUAGCUUUUGCUGUUGGAUUAAGUAUAUUAAAUAGUGUUCUCUAUUUAUUACCACUUCCAGCAAAAGUAAAAGCUAAAUUUAGAGAAUAA